CUCGCCGGAGGUAACGGGCAGCGCCGUAGCAACUAGCCUGAUACAAAGCGUUUACGCGUUCCGAAAACAGCCAUGGCCCUGGAAUCGAGGAUCACACAGGAAGAAAUCAGGAAGGAACCGGAGAAACCUAUUGACCGGGAAAAGACAUGUCCGCUCUUACUACGGGUAUUCACCACCAACGGUGGUAGACACCACAGAGUGGAUGAAUUUGCCAGGGGCAACGUUCCUUCCAGUGAACUCCAGAUAUACACAUGGAUGGAUGCAACACUGAAAGAGCUCACCGGUCUUGUGAAGGAGGUUUAUCCAGAAGCCAGGAAAAAGGGGACCCACUUCAGCUUUGCCAUUGUCUACCCUGAACCCAAGAGGCAAGGAUACAGAGUGAAAGACAUUGGCAGUACUGUGUCCGGCAGGAAGGGGGCAGAUGACUCCAUGACACUUCAGUCUCAACGCUUCCAGAUAGGAGACUAUUUAGAUAUUGCCAUUACACCUCCAAAUAGGGCCCCGCCUCUAAACACACGCAUGAGACCCUUCUGAACGUGUACAGGGAGUCUCUCUCUCUCACUCACACACACACACACACACACACACACACACACACACACACACACACACACACACACACACAGACAGAGUCUUAGAUGGGAGACUCUUUGGAGAUGAGCUCACUGUGAACUGAGCACAUGUGAGAAGGACUGUCAAACAUAACACACCUCACUAUACACUUGUGUGAUUUUUUUUCUUUUAAUUUUUCAAGAUUUUUAACAACAAAAGGAUGUUUAGCUCAGGAUUGUCUUCAUUUGACUGACUUUUCUCAUAUGUAAAAUGUGACAUGUAAUAAAGCUGUUGUCUUUUUCAAAGAGUUUUCUUCUGUCCACUCAACUAAAAUGAGACAAUUGUGAGUUACAUUUUAAAAUGAAAAGAUAACGCGUCAGUGUAGAUAACGCAGUUCCACUACAUGCCUAAAUUAGAUAAAUAGCACAGAAAUGAUCUGUUAUUGUCAUCAACUUCAAUAUUUGAACUUGAACAUGAACAACGGGGGGGUCAGCCCUGGUAAAAAAUUUGGAGGUUGUAGGUAUUGUUUGGUCUGCAGGUGGCAGUAUAAGAUAAGCUAGUGUAUAAGAUACUAUGCUGGAUGAAAUUUUUUCCAUUUCAAAUCCCAGAAGCAAACAGUCUUACCGUACUUGCCAUGUGUGAAUUGAUUUCCUCAUUGUAUCUAAAGAAAAAGUUACUUGAUCAUUACCACUUAACAAUUUUAUUAUUUUUGGUGUACAUCCAAUGUUACAUUUACAUGUAAUGAUAUCUACUACUACUACUACUACUACAACUCGGCUGCUCCUGUUAGGGGUCACCACAGUUGAUCAUCUGUUUCCAUCUCUUCCUGUCCUCUGCAUCUUCCUCUGUCACGCCAGCCACCUGCAUGUCCUCCCUCACCACAUUCAUAAACCUCCUCUUUGGCCUUCCUCUUUUCUUCUUCCCUGGC